CGGCUUUGCUUGGGGAGUCGGUUGUGACGUGGCAGAAGGCGGAAGCAAUGUUGCGGCAGGAUAGUAAUGAUGAGACAGAAGAUGUUUCGCUUUUUGAUGGAGAAGUUGAAAUGUCCAGAAAGCCCAGGAAAUCAAGAAUAAAACACCCUAUAGCUUCCUUUUUCCACUUGUUCUUCCGGGUCAGUGCAAUAAUUGUCUACUUACUUUGUGAAUUGCUCAGCAACAGCUAUAUUGCUUGUAUGGUGACAAUCAUUUUACUUCUGUCGUGUGACUUUUGGGCAGUGAAAAAUAUCACAGGGAGGUUGAUGGUUGGCCUCCGAUGGUGGAACCAGGUUGAUGAUGAUGGCAAAAGUCACUGGGUGUUUGAAGCCAGGAAGGCAUCUGCUCAGGGGAGGAAAGCUAUUUCAGAAGCAGAGUCCAGAAUCUUCUGGUUAGGAUUAAUCACAUGUCCUUUACUCUGGGUGAUUUUUGCCUUCAGUGCCCUAUUUUCUUUCAAAGUUAAGUGGCUGGCAGUGGUAAUUAUGGGUGUAGUAUUGCAAGGAGCUAAUCUUUAUGGCUAUAUUCGGUGCAAAGUGGGUAGCAGGAAGAACCUGACUAGCGCAGCAACUUUCUACUUGGGAAGGCAGUUCCUGCGGCAGACCACGCCCAAGGAGGACCAAGCAGUAUCUUGAGGUUCAUGAAGAAACACUACCUACCAUUUUCAGUCCUUAUGGAGAAUGGGGGAGGGGAAAAACCUAUUUCUUGGCCUCUGUACAGGAAAUUUAUAAUCUGUGUCUGGAUUUUUGUAAUUAAAUAUGUCUCAAAGAA